AUGACUUUCAAUUCCGACCCUCAUUCUGUGCAGAUUUAUAUUGAUACUGUACUUGUAUAAACUUCUAAUUUAUUGAAAUAAGUAGUUACAUUCACUGACCUUUGCAAUGUUAUGACAUUAAGUUAGAUCUAAAUUUUAGAUUAUUAACAUUCAUAUUCUACUAUCCAAAUUUAGGUUAUUUCCACAUGGUCAGGAAAAUAUAAUUCAGCCUUGCAAUAAACCUUAGGGAUUAGUGAUUUUGAACUAUUCAUUCAUCCUUAUCCUACUAGUAUGGCAGUAUGCAAUGAUCAAAACAAUAUUGCAUUUGAUGGCUGUUUCUCUAACACAUAUGAUUGCGUUGUUGGAUGUAGUAAUUGUGUAAAGGGAGAGUGUAUAAAAUGCAAAGGAGGAUGGGAAUAUUAAAAGUCACAAAGAAAAUGCAUUCCAAUUUGUGGGGAUUCUAUAAUUACUUAUUUAGAGGAAUGCGAUGAUGGAAACGUAAUUCCAUACGAUGGUUGUUAUCAAUGCAAAUUUUCUUGUUAAAAGUUCUGUGGAAAUUGCAAAUUUGGGAAAUGUUUAGAGUGUUUAUAAUCAUAUAGGUUGAUUGAACAUUAGUGUAUAUAUGUGUAUAAUUAUUACGAUGGUCCUGAAUUAAGAUAAAAAGCAGAGUUCAAUAAUUAAAUUACAAACUUAAUAGAAAAUGGGUUUUAUUAGCAUGCAUUAUUAUAUGACUAUUAAAUAGGUCUUUAGUAAGUAAAAUAAUUAGAUUGUAAUCAAUAAUCGUAUGGAAUAUUUGGUUAUUAUUAUAAUUAAUGUAGCUUUGAUAGAAUAUUUAAUUGUAAAGAAUAAUUGUUUGAUGUUUGUUUGGAGUGUCAGCCAUAUUAUCAAUUAAAACUAAAGAAUAAAGAAUGUCAUUCAAUUUGUGGAGACGGGGUAGUACUGUAAAGUGAAAUUUGCGAUGAUUAAAAUAAUGUUCAGUUUGAUGAUUGCUAUAAAUGUUAAUCGAGUUGUUAAUUGGAAUGUAGAUAAUGUAAAUAAAAUUAGUGUUAUGAUUGCAUUGAUGGUUGGUCUCUAAUAAAUAACUAUUGUUAUUAGAUAUGUGGAGAUGGAAUGUAGGCAUUCAAUUCAUAAGAAUAAUGUGAUGAUGGAAAUUACGAGAAUAAUGAUGGAUGUCAUGAAUGUAAAUAUAUAUGCGAUUAAAACUGUUACUUUUGCUCCUUCUCCAAUAUCUGCAUGCUUUGUAAUCAGUACUUCUAAUUGAUUGACAAUACCUAUUGUACUCCUAUUUGUGGAGAUGGCAUAAUUGUGUAAGGUCUUGAAGAGUGUGAAGAUUUAAACGAUAUUGGAUAUGAUGGUUGCUAUUAGUGCAAUUAUUAAUGUGAAAUCAAUUGUUCAAAGUGUAUUGGAGGAAUAUGUUAAGAAUGCAUAGAUGGUUUUGAAUUAACAUUAUAAGGUUGCCAAAGAAUCAUCAAUUAUGAAGAUGAAUCUGAUAGGGAAGAUGAAAUUGUUAAAAUUUAAUUGCAAUGCGGUGAUGGAUUGAUAUCUAAUGAUGAGGAAUGUGAUGAUUGGAACAUAUUAAAUAACGAUGGUUGCUCGAGUAAUUGUAAUAUAGAGACUGGUUGGGUUUGCAAUGAAUAGGAACCCAGUAAAUGUUUUUCUAAGACCAUUUUCUCGUUGUCCUAUUUAAAUGGAACAUACUAGGAUUAAUAUGUCUAGUUGUCAUUCUCGAAUCUUGUAAAAUUAAAAGAUACUUCCCAAAAUUUUACAAAUUCAUUACACUGUCAAAUAGAUAAUUUAGAUCUAAAUGAAUAUAAUAUCACUGUUUAUCCAGUAAUUGAUUUUAAUGAUGCAGAGUAUGUGCCUGCUGUGUUUAAUAUCAAAAUUACAAUAUUCCAACCAAUUUAAGCAUAGCCAAAUUUAACUGUUGCUUUCAAUAUUUCUAUUAUUGAUGUUAAUAACAUGUUAAUGAAAUAAUAGUAAUAAAUAUUAAUGCUCUAAAAACCCUAAAUCUUAGAUAGCACUUAAUUAUAAGCUGCUAAUUCAUUCUAAGAACUUGGCAACAAGAUAAUGUUCGGAUUAGGAAUUAUUUCCAUCAUAAUGUUGCUGUUUGGAAGAAUAGAUUUAAGUUUAGAAAUUUUGGAUACAUUAUUAUUUUAAACAUAUUUAAAAUUUGUAAAUGUCAACUACCCUUAAAAUCUUUAAAUUUACUUUUAAUCAUCCGAUUUUGUAUCAAUCAAUCCAAUACUUGUUAAUUUUAAGAUUUCAGGUGUUCUAGACUCAGCCAUUGGUGCAAAUUAUAUUUAAAGUUACGGAAAACUAUCAGAAUAUUAAGUAAAUGCUGAUUUAUUCGUAAAUAUAAAGGGGCAAAUUCUUUAACUUUCAUUUCUAUUAAUAAUAUUGAUGUUCUCAAGAGUCUCUCAGAAAUUUUUUCUUAAUUAUUGCUUCACUUCAAGAUAUUUCUAUUGCAUAAGAAGAAGUAAAUCAAGAUUCCUUGAAUUCAUAGCUAUUAAAUAUUAUUAAAUGAUUAAAGGUUUAUUAGGAUUGAAGAAUAUGCUCAGCAUGGGAGGAUUUCGAUAAAUCUUUUAUGCCAAUAGUUGGGACUUACUUUUUAAAGUAAUUUUAUUUCUCAAAUCUAAUAAUCAAUCAGGAUAUCGAACAGUUUUCUCUUACUUCUUUAGUGUUGGGUGUUUGAGUUUAGUGAUCUUUUUUCUUAGUUCGCACUUUUAGAAGCAAAAUGGGAAAAUAAAGUUAACAAACGUUAGAAAUGAAUAGCAUCAAGGUGUUAUCUUAUUCAAGAAACUUUCAUUCAUUUUAAUCUUAAUUGUAUUGUAGAAUGCUGGAGCCUUUUAAUGUUUGAUGAUAACAUUUUUAACAUUUAGUUAUAUUGGCUUGAUUUUUACUAUUAAACUUAUCAAGUAGAAAUUUGACAUGUUUAUCGUUGUUUGGAUGGAAGCUCCUGUAAUGUUCUUUACUAGCACAAGUAUAUUAUAUUGUUCCGAUUUUUAAUAACUUUUGAGCCUUGAUUAGUAAGUUCUCUUAGGUUUUGGAUAAAUAGGAAUCUUAUUAAUUAGCUUAUUUGGACCUGUGAUCAGAUUCAAUUAUAUAAUGUAUAAACAAAUUAAAGCCUAUCUAGUAAAAAGAGAACAAAAUGAAAUAACUAGGAUGGUGACUUAAACUAAUUUAUUUGCAGUUGUUGAUAUGUGA